AUGAAGAAAGUUGAUCAUCACAAUACUAACAGUAAAGAUUUUAUUCCUAUAUUUAAGUAAGAUUAUAUGUUAUUACAUUAUUUAUAAAUUAUAUCUAGUUGGUAGGUAUUAAAAAUACAAUAGUAUUUUAGACAUCAUUCUGGUUUUAAACGUAUACAAUAUAAUGAAAUAAUUUGGAUUAAUGUUAUAAUUAAUUUUUAAUUUUAUCAUUCUAGAACUCCGCACAUGCCAAUAUUUAUUGGUUCAAAUAAAUUGAAAAAAUAUCAAACAAUAGGGACAUUUUGCUUAAUUCCUAUAUGUUUUGGUUUAAAUAUGAUUGAUUUUUUGAAUUUUCCUGAAGUUAUUUGUGCGUCUUUAAUAGGUAAGUACCAUUAAUAAUUUUUAUUCAGAUUUAAUAAUUUGAAUAUUUUCAGGUUUUGGUAUUACAGCUGGUUUACAUUUAGUGACUAUGUUUUUAUCAAAUAAUCUUGUGGUUUAUGUGUACAUAAGUCCAGAUGAACAAAAGUGUCGGAUGUCCUAUGUAUCAUAUUGGGGAGAUCGUGCAGAGCUAUAUUGUGAUAUUGAAGAUAUAGAACCAAUCAAAUAUUCUAAAUUAGAUCUGUUAAACAACAAAAUUAAAGUGAAUGGAAAUAAAAGAAUAUUCAAAAUUAUUAUAAAUAAUGAUUCAAUUAUUUUGAAUAGUUCAAAAUUAAGAAAAGUUUUGGGAAGUGAUCUAGUGUAG